GUGUCGUGUCGUAACAGCGCCCUGUGGAGCCAGCAGUCCUGUGUGCCUGCGGAUCACCUCGAGGUCCUCCCGUGGGAGAAAGGGUGACAUACAAACUCCGAUCCAUUACCGUGGUGGUGACAGUCCAGUGUAUUUUCGGCCACCGAAGACACCAAGUAACUCGAUAGGUGAUCCCUCGAUAGGCUGUGGAAACUGGCGGCAGCGAGCCAAAUGUGCCCCGGGUCGGUGGGAAUGCUGGUCCCCAUUGUCCCUUCACGAGUGGGUCCGGCACCUCCAGGAAGAGCCGGGGCUGCCCGCCUGGGCCGGGGGCGGUGGGUCGCUCCGGCCAAAUCACUUUCCUCCGUUGGGUGGACAGGGAGCGAGAGAUGGACAGCAGAGGUUUCGGAGAAAUGAGUAAAUCGCCUCGCGAUUACAACACGCUAGCGAAUACAACACGCCUUUUUCCGCAGACGGGCUCCCCAUCAGGGGACUGGGGGGAAAAAAAUAUCCCUAACACUUUUACCUUUGGGAAAUUGAAAGGUCUGUGUGUGUAUCUGUGUGCGUCUGUGUGUUAGCGCUGUCGCUGCCAAGCCCAGAAUUUUGUUUUCUCUCCCAGCAUGCGUUGAUGACAUCACGAAGUGCCCCUUCUUUGUGUGUCAGUGAUGUCACCAAAUGCAGUGUGGGGGACAAUGGAAUCCUGAACUCCGGGCGAGGGCGAGUGGGAAGCGGCUGCUCCUGCUGCUGGUUCAGGGCUGAGCCGGGGGAGGGAAGGGAGGACACAGCUGCUGCUUUAGGGCUGAAACAGGUGAGAAGUUGCUGCUGCCGCCGGAGGGACAAAGCAGCGAGAGAGACACGAGUGGCCAGGCCCAGCCGCACCGAGGAGGAGCAGCCAGACACAAAGGGAGAGGUUGGGGUGUGUGGUGGGGGGGUCGCUAUGUCGGAUGACGAUUCGAGGGCCAGCACCAGCUCCUCCUCAUCUUCAUCCUCCAACCAACAGACUGAGAAAGAGACAAGCACGCCUAAGAAGAAGGAAAGCAAAGUCAGCAUGAGUAAAAACUCUAAACUGCUAUCUACCAGUGCCAAAAGGAUUCAGAAGGAAUUGGCUGACAUCACCUUAGAUCCACCUCCCAACUGCAGUGCUGGCCCCAAAGGUGAUAACAUCUAUGAAUGGAGAUCAACCAUUCUAGGACCUCCAGGUUCAGUCUAUGAGGGAGGUGUUUUCUUCCUUGACAUCACAUUUACCCCAGAAUAUCCCUUCAAGCCUCCAAAGGUAACGUUCCGGACAAGGAUCUACCACUGUAACAUUAACAGCCAAGGCGUCAUCUGCCUGGACAUUCUAAAGGACAACUGGAGUCCAGCGUUAACCAUUUCUAAAGUUCUCCUCUCCAUCUGCUCCCUCCUCACAGACUGUAACCCCGCUGAUCCCCUGGUUGGAAGCAUUGCCACUCAGUAUAUGACUAACAGAGCAGAGCAUGACAGAAUGGCCAGACAAUGGACCAAAAGAUAUGCUACAUAAAUUGGAUUUUCGUCAAACUCUUACAUUAUUUGUCUGUGAUGGAAAGAGCUGCUUAUGAUUUUGAAGGGGUGGGGGGGUGGGAGGGUGCUGGUAAAGAGUAGGGUAUUUCUA